GUUCGAAGCCACGGGGAGGAGUGCCUUCUAUUGACUUCUCGACGCUCGUUUUGACUCGCCUUGCUAAACCAAUAUUUGUUUUGACCAUUAUUAUUCUCAGCCUAUUUAUCGUUGUCCUUGGCACCUACAUCAGUUUCCCUGCUUUCUCGCUACAAUCUAUCCCUGCCAGGGUUUCCUUCAUUUAUAAUUGUUAUCCUUAUCUGCUCGAACAUGUCCUCCUCGAUCUCAUGUGAUCUGCUGCGAAGCCAACCGGUUCCGUCAGGAGAACAUGCUUCCCGUGGCUCGCAAGAGCAAUCUCCCCUCAACAGCCCCACCCGACAGGCACACGGUUCGGAAUCCUCUGCCGCACAUGUCACUGUCAAUGGUCUGACAGCGUCGCCCAAUCGCGCUCUAGAGUCUACAUCGGAUGUGGUAUCGAGAGGUGCCACCAUCCAUCGUCGCACAGGAAGCACAUUGAAAAAUGUCAUGCGCAAGAUCUUCAGUCGAAGGAGACGGAGCCAGACCGACGAGUUUGAGGACACUGCGCAUGGUCUCUUGUCUCCUCAUAAUUACCGAACACCCUCGAUGGAAACUGGAGAGGAAAGAAGCCUCCAAUUUACAGUCGUUAAUUUGACGGGUUCAAACCCGAGUAGCCCCCUGCUGGAGAAAAAUGGCAGUCAAGAAGAACCCCCAGAAUCUUCUAAGCGUCUGGAAAACGGUCCCGUAAAUAUCGAGCGAGUACCACUUCGUCCGCGACGUGCAACUCUUCCAAGCCUGGUGUUACUCGACAAGGAGACUCAGAUUAGCCCAGUAGCAAGUCCGGGUCUAGACGGCGAUAAGGAAAAGCUGCAGACAGGUCAGAACAGUUUGCAAUCCAAACGGCGCUCACGAAGUGAGGAUACUCUUCGUGGGCUCGCCAAAUUCCAUCGCAUGUCUCCCAUUCAAUGGCGUCGCCACAAUGGCGAACUUGGCAAUGACUGGAAACAAUCUAAAUUAGAAACAACCUCAACCAGUGGCUGCUCGACUACACACUCAACGACAAGCGAGCCUGCGAAUGAACGAAAACCUUCACAAUCGGCAGUACCUGGGGCGACUCCAGAUCAAGAAACGAACAGUAGCAUCGUAUUCAAUGCUGGUGAUCUGUUUAACUCGAUACAGAAUGGUGACGAUGCCACUCUUGAACAGCGAAUCACGACCCUGGAGGUGAAACUAAUCGAUCUUGAGCUUGCAAUUGCAAGGAUGCAGGGCCAUACCAUCAAGAAUUCCCCACCAGAUAAAACACGGCCCAAACAACCGGUGUCUCCUGUUCCAGUCCGGGAAAACAAAAGACACGAGCCAUCGGAAUCGGCAUCCUCAAUUGAUAGCUUUAACAACCUUCCACUGCAAGAGAAGCGCCCUCUUAGCACCAGCACAAUACGUCCUAUCAAUAUUCCUCCACAUCUGCGAGGAGUGCCGUCGAUUUCUUCCCUGAAUGAAGCUAGUCCUGUCUCUGUGGAGCAAUAUAGCGCGCUUGUCAUGCUUCUGAGACGAGAGCGAUCUGCGCGCAGAAAUCUCGAGAGCCAGGUGGCUAUUCUGCAAGAAGACAUCCGCCAGAUGCAAGGGGUAACCCGCAGUUCCAUGAACGUUGGUACCAGAUACCCCAUACGGAGCCUACACUCCGAAGAGUUUAUUCGUCUUCGCCAGGUGGAUUCAUUGCCGACGGGUUCCCCGGCAAGUACGCUGGAAAAGGCAGGGUUUGGACCCGCUUAUGAUAACCCCAGUGACUCGGACUUAGAUUCCGGUCGAAGAGACGACGGUAAUGCUUUUGGUCCAUAUGGAUGGCAUCAGGAUCGGCGUAUUGAAGUUUCAGGGAUGAUAUGAUCUUGCCUAGUUAUGUUAGUUCGCCGGUAGCGGGAAUGCUGUCACACUCUUAUACACUGGAAUUGGAAGGGUGCAAUCUGCACCAAAGCCCUCGAAGGGAUUCUUCCAAAGGAGUCCUUUUGUACGGAAUGGCGAAAGCCUGGGCGUACACCAGCGCACACGAGUGAGCUUUCGCUCAGGAGUGGAUGCAUUAGUUCCAACAUCUGAAUCACAAGUCAAGGUCCCAACGGACUCGGCUACUCGGAGUGUUUCUUUCAAAUAUCCUCCUUUUUAUCCCAUUCAUUAUUCUUUCACAUCGUUACUUGAUCUUUCCACUCUGAAUACUCGCUAUCUGCUGCCGUUUUUGAACUAGCAGCCUUUUCAAUCCCUUCUUGGCUUCCGUCAUUAUCUUGUUUGGGUAAGAAGGAUUGGACUUGGCAUAAUUUUCGGGAACCAGCAGGAACUUCUGUGUCGGCUUACUGCCUGGCAUUCUUUAGUCUGAUUUAUUACUUCUUGGGCUUUGCGCCCCGCGGCGAUGGGUUUUGGUUUAAUCGUUCUCUGUUUUCCCAAAUUAGUGCUAUGACUGUGAUGAGAUCAUGUGUCCAUUUACUUGUUACGACGAGAUUCUGGGCUGGGAUUCUGAACUCGUUGGACCUGUAGGCAUCAGAGCAUAUCUGCUCAAUUGUCCAUGCAAUCCAAUUCUGACUUCCCGUGGUAUAUAUAUCUUGGUUCCACACCGGAUCCAUCCAUGGUCUUUCUCGGCGACGGAAAGAUAGUUCCAAGGCCGAAACCCUACAUUUGGCAGUAUUUUCUACAUACUACAGAGAAAAUUUGUGUGAAACUGUCUCCUGGGCUAUGCUGAUAUCACAAGGCUCCUUACUGUCUCGUAAAAGCAUGCGCAGCAGCUAAUGCAUCACCUAUGAGCACACAGUACCAGA